AUGGCUACACAAGAGGGAACCCAAUCUAGAUCACAAUCCAUUGUAAGUUGGCCACUUGAUGUAUCUCAUCAUAUGUUGGAAUUAUGUGUGACACAACAUAAAAGUGGAAAGGGUGGAGACAAUGGGUUAAGGAAUGAGAUAUGGCUUGACAUAGCUAAAAAGUUAAAUGAGAAGUAUGGGAUGACAUAUGAUUGGAAACAAUGCCGAAACCAUUUCAAGAUUUGGAAGGCAAGAUUCAAAACGCUUAGUGAUCUGCAGAAAAAUAGUGGCAUGGGUUGGAAUGCUCAAGAGAAUAGGUUUAAUGCAGGCCAACAUGUUUGGAGUGAAUUCAAGAAGAAGGAGCAGCGAUAUUGGAAAGAGCAUAGAGUUCUACCAAUUCAUCUAGAAGUAGCUAUUUGGCUAGGCAAUGAAGUAGCCUCAGGGGUAGAUUCCAUACACGCUGCUGAUGUAGCCUAUGAUGAAGACCAAGAGUUGCCUUUCCAAGAAAUGACAUUUGAUAAUAUUGACCUUGAGACUGAAGACAUGGAGGUUGAAGGAAAAGGUAAUUCCACUCUCAAUCAGAGUACUAGCCGUUCACAUAAAAUGGCUUCUACAUCUGGCAAAAGACAAUCCCACUCAAGGAAAAAGAAAGCAGGUGUUGAUAAGAUUGCCAGUCUAUUAAAAAUGAUAGCUAAGGUGAUAUCUAUUUUAUUAACCAAAGAGAGUGAUUUAGCAACCGAGUUACAUGAAGUAAUUGAUGCCAUUCCAGGGAUUGACUUUGAGAAACAAAUAGUUAUAAAAGAGUUUUUGGUGGACAAGAAGGAUAAGGCUAAUCUAUUUUUGACUGCCCCUAUUGAAAAGAGGCCUCAAAUGAUUGAGUAUUAUCUUCGACUGAUAAGAGAGCAGGGUAAUUUUAUUUGA